UCUUUCUCUCUCUCUCUCAGUUCAUGCAAAGCUGUAAGUUAGUCGUACAUCAUUCAUUCUGGCCAUAGUGAUGGAGUCUGCAAGUCAUGAGAAAGUAGGGUUAUUAACUAGUUGGUGGCUGAAGCUCAAAGCCAUGUCUACCAUGAUUACUUGCAAAGUCUCCGAGCUUGCAAAGAUGACAAAAAAGCUUGGGCAAGACGACCCCAGAAGAAUCGUUCAUUCUUUUAAAGUUGGAUUUGCACUCACCUUGGUCUCAUUAUUCUACUACUAUCAGCCACUUUACAACAACUUUGGUGUCUCUGCAAUGUGGGCUGUCAUGACUGUCGUCGUUGUCUUUGAGUUCUCAGUAGGAGCUACUCUUGGAAAGGGAUUAAAUAGAACUAUGGCAACACUAGUAGCUGGUGCUCUUGGUAUUGGGGCUCAUCACCUAGCUAGCCUAUCUGGACAAAUAGGCAAGCCCAUAGUAAUUGGCGUCUUCGUCUUCCUACAAGCUGCGACAUCAACAUUUAUACGAUUUUUUCCCAAAAUCAAGGCACGAUAUGACUACGGGUUGUUGAUCUUUAUAUUGACAUUCUCUUUGAUAUCUGUGUCCGGUUUUCGAGAUGAUGAAAUAUUGGAGUUGGCCCACAAGAGGCUGUCAACCAUCUUUAUUGGUGGCUCUGCCUGUGUGAUCAUAUCCAUUCUGGUUUGCCCUGUAUGGGCUGGUGAAGAUCUUCAUAACCUCAUUGCUAACAACAUUGAAAAGCUAGGAAACUUCUUAGAAGGAUUUGGAGACCAGUACUUCAAAACAUUAGAGGAUGUAGAGUCUAAAGAUGACAAGGCAUUUCUCCAAGGAUACAAAACUGUUCUCAAUUCUAAAGCUAGUGAGGAUUCCUUGGCAAAUUUUGCAAGAUGGGAACCUGGUCACGGUCGUUUCCUUUUUCGUCAUCCAUGGAAGCAAUACCUUCAAGUUGGAACUUCAACUCGACAAUGUGCCUACCGGAUUGAAGCACUUCAUAGCCGGCUCACUUCUGACAACCAAGUAUCGCCAGAAAUUCUAAUUAAAAUUCAAGAAUCAUGCACAGAAUUAAGCUUGGAAACUGGCAAGGCACUGAAGGAACUAGCAUUAGGCUUCGAGGAAAUGACCAAAUCACCCUCUGUUGAUACCCACAUUGCCAAGGCAAAAGCUGCAGCCAAGUCCCUCAGAGCCUUACUUAAAUCUGGGCUGUGGGAAGAUGCAGCGCUUUUAGAAGUGAUGCCAGCAGCAACAGUUGGCUCACUUCUGCUUGAUGUUUUCAACUGCUCUGAGAAAAUCAUUGAGUCUGUCAAUGAACUGGCACAACUUGCAAAUUUUGAGACUGUUGAAGCCACUGUGUCACCAGAGAAAUUAGACACCAAGAAACAAAAUAAUCCCAACCGGGAUUGCCCCCAUGUUGUUGUUACAAUUAUAGAGUUGCCCCAAGUUAUACCAGAAACUGGGAAAAAAAAUGGUAGUCAUCAACAAAUGGAAGUGUAAAUAUUUUAUGUUGCUAGUUAUUAACAUAUGGCAAUGACAUAAUACCCAAGCUGCUGUAUUAUAAAGUUUGGGUUUAUGAA